GACUAGUGCCCAGAGUUGCUUGGAACUAGGUUCUGGGGCUAGCUUUGAUGCGUCCACAUUUAAUUUCCCUUCAAAUUGCUAUCACAUAUGUGUGUCCAGCACUGUUCUAAGUACUUUACACAUAACUCAUUUUAAGCCUGAUGAUAACCCUCUGGUUGUUAAUUUUAGAGAUGUCAAUUACAGAUUGUGAUUUUUUUCAGAUUAGGAACAUGAGGCACAAAGAGGUUACGUAACUUGCCCAAGGUUCCAAGUGAUGGAGCCAGGAUAUGAACCUAGGCAGUCUGGGAUCUAGCAUCCUGCUCUUAACUGCUCUACUCUAAGCUGUGCCUUUCUCUUUUGGGACUGGAGUCCCUUCACAGAAUAUUCCUGAGAGUCCUCAUUGCUCUGGUUAGAAGGCUGGGCUGCCUGGAGAUGGGGUGACGGAGUCCCUGCCCUGUGGAGCCUCUGAGGGUUUAGGGGCCACACUGUAGCCCCCUAGGGAGAGAAGGGUAUUCUGCUCUGUCCUCACAAUAGUUUCCUUUUCUUUGCUUACAAAACGCCCUUUUGUGCACAUCAGGGGGCUGAGAGUUGGAUUGAGGUGCCCUCAAUCCAGAUCAGGGUAUAAGGCUGAGGGGCUGGAUGCUGCCAUGUGCCCUAAAAUGCCCCAGAUGCUGUCAGCAUCUCCCACACCCACAUCCCCAAGAGCUGUUUGCCUGGAGCAUAGGCCCCAGGCUCUGACGUCCUGCCUUGGGCUGGCUUGUCCCCCCUAGUAGCCUGGGUCCUGCCUCUGUUCCCACAGCUGUGUUUACUGGCUUGUGCUGUCUCCAGAGAAUGUCCCUGCUGGCUGGCUUCUCCUCAGUCACACUGACUCCCCCUCUGUAGGCCUCGACCAUGGACAGAGGCCAGCCCCGGCCCCUCCCUGGUGUCCUGGCUCCUUUUGCCAGGCCCUGAAGGCCCAGAGGACGGUUUGAGUAUUGUCCAAGGUCUGUCCAUCCAUCCAGAGUGAUGAAGAAACUGAGUUACAGAGGGGAGAAGUGACUUUUCAAGGUCCUACAGUGAGGACAUGUAGAGCCAAGCUUAGAAUCCAGGCCUCCUGGAUUCCAGGCAAGCCCAGAGGCCUGAUCUGCUGUGAGGACACACCUUCUUGUCUGAGCAUGCUUCCAGAGAAGGCACAAACCCAUCUGCGGGGCUCCCUGAGGCCGCUAGGAAGAGCCCCAAACCAGGCCUGGGAUUCUUCCUCUGUGCAGCUAUCAGGAUCUGAGUCAAAGCGGAUCGUGAAGAGGAAGCUGAGAUGCCCUGUAUCCAAGCCCAAUAUGGGACACCAGCACCAAGCCCGGGACCCCGUGACCACCUGGCAAGCGAUCCGCUGACCCCCGAGUUCAGCAAGCCCACCAUGGACCUCGCCAGCCCUGAGGCGGCUCCCACUGCCCCCACUGCCCUGCCCAGCUUCAGCACCUUCAUGGACGGCUACACAGGGGAGUUUGACACCUUCCUCUACCAGCUGCCGGGAACAGCCCAGCCACCCUCCUCUGCCUCCUCCUCUGCCUCCUCCACAUCGUCGUCCUCAGCCACCUCCCCUGCCUCUGCUUCCUUCAAGUUCGAGGACUUCCAGGUGUACGGCUGCUACCCUGGCACCCUGAGCGGCCCGCUAGAUGAGACCCUAUCCUCCAGUGGCUCUGACUACUAUGGCAGUCCCUGCUCAGCCCCGUCACCGCCCACGCCCGGCCUUCAGCCACCCCAACUCUCUCCCUGGGACGGCUCCUUUGGCCCCUUCUCACCCAACCAGACUUAUGAAAGCCUGCGGGCAUGGACAGAGCAGCUUCCCAAGGCUCCUGGGCCCCCCCAGCCACCGGCCUUCUUUUCCUUCAGUCCCCCCACCGGCCCCAGCCCCAGCCUGGCCCAGAGCCCUCUGAAGCUGUUCCCCUCGCAGGCCACCCACCAGCUGGUGGAGGGAGAGAGCUAUUCCAUGCCAACAGCUUUCCCAGGCCUGGUGCCCACGUCUCCACACCUUGAUGGCCCAGGGAUGCUGAAUGUGCCUGUGACCUCAGCCAAGUCUCGGAGUGGGGCCCCAGGAGGAAGCGAGGGCCGCUGUGCUGUGUGUGGGGACAAUGCUUCAUGUCAGCAUUACGGUGUCCGCACCUGCGAGGGCUGCAAGGGCUUCUUCAAGCGCACAGUGCAGAAAAAUGCCAAGUACAUCUGCCUGGCUAACAAGGACUGCCCUGUGGACAAGAGGCGGCGAAACCGCUGCCAGUUCUGCCGCUUCCAGAAGUGCCUGGCAGUGGGCAUGGUGAAGGAAGUUGUCCGGACAGACAGCCUGAAGGGGCGGCGGGGACGGCUCCCUUCAAAGCCCAGGCAGCCCCCAGAUGCCUCCCCUGCCAAUCUCCUCACCUCCCUGGUCCGGGCACACCUGGACUCAGGGCCCAGCAUGGCUAAACUGGACUACUCCAAGUUCCAGGAGCUAGUGCUGCCCCACUUUGGGAAGGAGGAUGCCAGGGACGUGCAGCAGUUCUACGACCUGCUCUCAGGGUCCCUGGAGGUCAUCCGCAAGUGGGCCGAGAAGAUCCCUGGCUUCGCGGAGCUGUGCACAGGCGACCAGGACCUGUUGCUGGAGUCGGCCUUCCUGGAGCUCUUCAUCCUUCGCCUGGCCUACCGGUCUAAGCCAGCGGAGGGGAAGCUCAUCUUCUGCUCCGGCCUGGUGCUACACCGGCUACAGUGCACCCGAGGCUUCGGCGACUGGAUCGAUGGCAUUCUGGCCUUCUCUCGGUCCCUGCACAGCUUGGUUGUUGAUGUCCCUGCCUUCGCCUGCCUCUCCGCGCUUGUCCUCAUCACAGACCGGCACGGGCUGCAGGAGCCUCGGCGGGUGGAGGAGCUGCAGAACCGCAUCGCCAGCUGCCUGAAGGAGCACAUCUCUGCUGUGGCGGGCGAGCCCCAGCCGGCCAGCUGCCUGUCCCGCCUGCUGGGCAAGCUGCCUGAGCUACGGACCCUAUGCACCCAGGGCCUGCAGCGAAUCUUCUACCUCAAGCUGGAGGACUUGGUGCCCCCUCCACCCAUCGUGGACAAGAUCUUUAUGGAGACGCUGCCCUUCUGACACCGGCCUGGGAACACGUGUGCACUGUGUAUGCACACUCGUACGCCACCCCACGUGCCUUGAGCCCAUGGCCCUUGGAUCCCUGGAGCGCGCCCCCCACCCUUGGGCUGGAGCUGCAGACUAACUGACCUCACGUGCUCUUAGAGGUCACCCCCUGGGGGAGGGGGAUGCAUUCAUGAGGGAGACCCCUACUAUUUGUCUUACCCCCAUCCCAGCCCUGGCCUUCGUGUUUUUGUAAGAUAAACCAUUUUUAACACACACUGCUGUGCUGUAAAUAAGCCAAAUUCUGCUGUAAAUACAGGAAGGAAGAGGUUGAGGUUGGGGGCGGGGCGGUUGAGAGGGAGGGAUGGAACCCACCAGCCUGGGCAAAGCCUUUCCCAGCCUCUUCCUACUGGCUCUCUCUUCCCACCUCCUUCCACAUGUACAUAAACUCACUCUAGGAGGAAGACAAAUGACAGAUUCUGACAUUUAUAUUUGUGUAUUUUCCCGGAUUUAUAGUAUGUGACUUUUCUGAUUAAUAUAUUUAAUAUAUUGAAUAAAAAAAUAGACAUGUAGCUGAAA